AAGGUACCAGCCGUCUGUUAGGGGUAAGGCAUUUAUAGGACGGGAGGCCUUAUGACAUACUGUAUACAUCAAUAUCUACUUUUAAAAAUAUAUACUGUAUACAGUAUAUAUAUGAAGGAUAUUAAUAAUAUAUUCAGAGCCAUCUCGCAUUAAUAAUAGGAUACUUUAAAAAUUACAUAAAUAAUUGAUGUUUUAAAAAAAAAAUCCAAACCGAAUUGCUUAAAAAAAAAAAUAAAAAAAAACUUUUCUGACAUUGUUUUCCAUAAAUGUUGUGUGUAUGGCUGCAGUAUCUUAUACACAAGUAAUACAAUGACAUGUAUUUUUUCCAAACCAUCUUUAUUUUAUAUAUAUACGUUUCUUUGUUAUUGUUUUUCACAAAUAAAUGAUUCCCUAAUAUUUACAACAUUAAUACAGACAUUUUACACAAAUCCAUAACACACUUUAAUUCUAUUAGUGGUGCGAAAAAGUGUUUGCCCCCUUCCUGAUUUAUUUUUUUUUACAUGUUUGUCAUACUUAAAUGUUUCAGAUCAUCAAACAAAUGUAAAUAUUAGUCAAUGACAACACAACUGAACACAAAAUGCACUUUUUAAAUGAAACCUUUUAUUAUUAAGGGAGAAAAACAAUCCAAAGCUACAUGGCCCUGUGUGAAAAAGUGAUUGCCCCCCUAAAGCUAAUAAGUGGUUGGCCCCCCUUAGCAGCAACAACUGCAAUCAAGCGUUUGUGAUAACUUGCAAUGAGUCUCUUACAGCGCUGGGGAGGAAUUUUGCACAAUUGUUGUCAUUCAGCCACAUUGGAGGCUUUUCCAGCAUGAAGCGCCUUUUUAAGGUCAUGCCACAGCAUCUCAAUAGGAUUCAGGUGUCUAGGCCACUCCAAAGGUGGAAGGUCACCAACAGGUGGCCGGACAUUCUCCUUCAGCAGAAUUCAUGCUUCCAUUCAUCACAGCAAGUCUUCCAGGUCCUGAAGACCAUCACACUACCACCACCAUAUUUUACUGUUGCCAUCAUGUUCCUUUUCUGAGUCACUUUUUCACACAGUAGGUUUGGAUUUCUUUUUCUCCCUUAAUAAUAAAAAAGCUGCAUUUAAAAACUGCAUUUUGUGUUCAGUUGUCAUUGGCUAAUAUUUUUUUUAUAUUUUUUUGACGAUCUGAAACAUUUAACUUGUGACAAACAUGCAAAAAAAUUAGAAAACAGGAAAACACUUUUUCACACCACCGUAUAUGUAGUUUUAUUGUUAUAUAUGUAAAUUGUUAUAUAUGUUAUUAAAAAAUUGCACUUUUUAAAGAUAUACAAAGAAUUGUUUUUUCCACGUAAAUAAAUGAUUAGAAGUAUAAACAUGAUGGCUUGUGAACCCAACAUUUUACUUGCAGUAUCAAUGAUAUGUUGUAUUUUUUCCCUGUAAAGGCCAGCUUUACAGAUGCCAUGCCUGCUGUGCUGAGGCGCUAUGUAUUGGUGAUACUGACGUCUACCACAACACACGCUGGUAUCGGUCAUAGUGAAGGUAACUGCAGCCUCCUCGUCUCGCCACCGCGUUUACUUGAGGUGCGGCGAAUGCUGUAAUAAAUACACAAAUACGGCAUUUUCACGCGUUGCCAUGAGGAAGGGGGAAUGGUGAAAUGCAAAAUGUAUUUCGAUGCUGCGACGGGACUACGCUUCCUACGUGGUCUCUUAACCACUUCCUGGUUAACUUUGCUGUCCUUCAGUGGUCGUCCCGCACAGCAAUACACACCACCACCGCAUGCAUGCGUGCAGGGCGGGGGUCGGGGGAGGUUUGCGUGUCACUCAUCCGGCAUGGGUUUUGUAUGUGUGUGUGGGGGGUGUCCCAGUCUCCCGUCCCCAUUGAGCCGCCUGCCGAGGGCCAUUAAAGGCCAUUGUGCACGUGGACGGUGGAAGGAAGGCAGCCAUUGGCCGUGGCCGGGUGGAGGCUCCUGUGAAGGAGGGCGUCAAAGGCCCGGCCGUUAGCAGGAAAAUCAAAAAGCCAUCAGACUUGUUUGUUGCUGCCCAACAGGGGGGGCGCUACUUAGGUUCAACUUGCCCUCCAACCUUUAGCAAGCUUGCAAACAUGCGUCUUACUUUGAUAGCACAACUGCUCACACAUGACUUCCCUGCAAUAAGAUAACACGCGAAAUCAACUUAUUCCACAUAUUAGCUCAUUAUUGGAGUUUUACUGAAAAGAAACACAAACCUAAAAUUCAAUUAGACAUAAAAAUGCAUGUUUUUUCUUGUAAAAUUUGAACAGUUUAAAAAAAAAUACAUUCUCGUCUUAUCUUAACUUUUCUUUUUUUUUACUUUAUCCACGGAAGAUUGCAUGUUUUUCUUCAAACACUAAAAAACGUCACCAGCAUUUUCUCGUAAAUGUCCAAAAUUCUUGUGAACAAGAUGACAUCAUUGAGUUGUUUGUCAUUAAAGUGCAUUAUUUUAAUUCUCAUAAAAAUAUAAAAUACAGCCUUAUUCUUGUAAGAUUUCCUUGUAAAAAUGCAACAUUCUAACAUAUCUAACCAAAACAUGCAACUUUAUCCUCGGAAUAUUGCGUGACUUUCUUGAAACGCUGUUCUUGCAACGUUACGAGCAUUUUCAUGCAAACUUGCAAAAUUCUCAUGACCAUGAUAUUUAUUUUCAUAACUCAUAAAAAUACGACCUUAUCCUCGGAACAUUUUCUUGUAAAAACACGACAUUCUACUGACGUAACUUUUUUUCAUGAAAAAAUACAACUUUAUUCUCGGAAUAUUGCGUUUUUUUUCUUGAAAGGGUAAAAGUCUGACCCUGUUCUUGCAACUCGAAAAAGUACACAAUUCUUGUAAAGAUGGUGACUUCAGUUGUUUCUCAUAAAACAACGUCGUUUUGUGACAUUUUUAUUCUAUGAAAAAUGGAUGGCUGCAUGGCAAAAUAUAACCGUGUAACAUUUUCUUGUAAAAAUGUAACAUUCUACUGACGUCAAACUUUUUUUCUGGAAAAAAUACAACUUUUUCCUCUGAAUAUUGCAUUUUUUUAUUUUUUUUUUUGAACGGAUGACCACCCUAAAAAUCUGACGCUGUUCUUGCAACGUUCCGAGCAUUUUCUCACAAACAUACAACAUUCUUGUGAAGAUGAUAACAUGAUGAGUUUUCCUUGUAACGUGAUUUAUUCUCAUAAAAAUGCAACCUCAUCCUCCUCACAUUUUCUUCUAAAAAUGCAAUAUUCUCGUAACAAAUAACUUUUUUCCCCCCAAAAAAUACAACUUUAUUCUGGGUAUACUGCGUGUUUUUCUUGAAUCGGUAAAAGUCUGACGCUGUUCUUGCAACGUAACGAACAUUGUCUUGCAAACGUACACAAUUCGUUUGAACAUGAUGACUUUAUUUAGUUUUUUCUAAAAAAAACACGUUAUUUUCAAAAUUUUUAUUCUCAUAAAAAUACAACCUUAACCUUGUAACGUUUUCUUGUAAAAAAAAAAAAUUCUAGUAACAUCAUAACUUUGUUUUUUGUUGAAAAAAACACAACUUUUUCCUCAAAAUAUUGUUUUUCUUGAAAUGAAUAACUAUCCUAAAAAUCUGUUUCUGCAACGCUACAAGCAUUUUUUCAGACACAUACAAAUUCCUGUGAACAUGACGACUUCAUAAAAGUCCAGCCUUUUUCUCCUAACAUUUUCUUGUAAAAAUGCAACAUUCUAACGAAUAUAUCGAACUUUUUUUUCUUCCCAAACAUAGAACUUUAUCUUCUGAAUACCGCCUGACUUUCAUGUAAACUUCUCAUGACCAUGAUGACUUUAUUCUAAUAAGUUUUUUUUCCUCAUAACAUUUUUUUCCAACUUUUUCCUCUGAAUAUUGCGUGUUUUUCUUAAAACGAAUGACUACCCCAAAAGAUUUUCUGGACAGGGUAAACAUCUGAAAAAUCCAACCUUAUCCUUGUCACAUUUUCUUCUAAAAACAUGACAUUCUGACUUUGAGCUCACUUUUUUUUUUUUAAACAUGCGACUUUCUUCUCGGAAUGUUGCGUGUUUUUCUUGAAACGGUAAAAAUCUGACGAUGUUCUUGCAACAUUUUGGCAUUUUCUCUAAAAAGUAUGAAAUUCUCCAGAACAUGACAAAUUUAUUCUUUUUUUUUUUUCCUCACAGAACUUCGAUAUUCUCGUUACGUUGCUUAUUCUUGUGAAAGUAUCAUCUUUAGCACAUUUUCUUCUGAAAAUGCAACAUUUUAACGUCUAACUUUUCACUCACAAAAAUGCAACAUGUUUUUUUCCUCUCGUACAAAUGUUGGCCUCGGAAUACGACAUAAAGUUACGAUGUUAUUCAUUAGACUUUUCUCGUAAAAAAGUGACAUUAUUCAGGUAACUUUCUUUUUCACAAUAAACAUUUCUUCUAAUCACGUUGGGACUUCCUCUUAAGUUCACAACAUAUCAUACCAGUAAGGGCUUUUUUUUGCUCGUACAAGUGUUAUCUUCGUUACGAUGUUAUUUCGGGAACUUAACAAAAAGCUGACUUUUUCUUGUCACCACAUUGAGCUUUUCCUGAAGUGUUUUUGUUGCUCGUACAAAUGUUAUCUUCGUUACGAUGUUAUUCAUGUCACUUUUCUCGUAAAAAACUUUUUUUUUUAAAUACAACUUUUUCCUCAAAAUAUUGUGCUUUGACGCUGUUUUUGCAACGUUACAAGCAUUUUUUUGCAAACGUACAAAGUUCUUGUGAACAUGACGACUUUAUUCAUGUAACCCAUAAAAAUAUAACCUUAUUCUCGUAGCAUUUUCAUGCGACAUUCUAACUAACAUAUCAAGCUUUUUUUCUCCAAAACAUACAACUUUAUCCUUGGAAUCCUCAUUUGGAUGUUAUUCAUUUCACUUUUCUCGUAAAAAAGUGACGUUAUUCCGGUAGUUUACAUUUUUUCCAAACAAAAAGCUGACUUUUUCUUCUAAUCACAUUGAGCUUUUCCUGAAGUUUUGUUGUUGCUCGUACAAAAGUUAUCCUUCUUUACGAUGUCAUUCAUUUGCGUUUUCACAUAAAAAUGUGACAUUUGUUUUUUUUCCCCACAAAAAGUGACAUUUUCUUCUAAUAUCAAGCUUUUCCUUGUAACCUUACAUGUCAUACCAGUACGUUUUUUCUUGUAAAAACAUUCUUUUUAUGACUCCUUCUUAACUUUACGUGUUUUUUCUCGAAAGCUAGCGAUUUUUGCCUGUUCCCUAGCCAAGACGUGAUUUUUUGCUACCAAUCUGUUUUUUCUUUGUAUGCUUUUUUUAUGUUUUUCUGUUGGUGAAGUUAGCAUGUGGAUGUCUUGCUAUAAAAGUAUGACUUGUCCACACUUCAUCUCCAACUUGUGGACUUUUGGAAAGAUCUGAGACAUGUCCUCCUCCUCCUCCUCCUCCUCCUCCCACCUUUGGAGCUCCCUGAGAGUCCUCGGUGGUCUCUUCUGUAGUCUUCUGUGUCUCUUGUCUUUCUUGCAUGACAAUGACAUCUCCCAAGUCCAUGGACCAUUGACAAUACUGCUGAGCUCCGUGUUUGAUGACCCCUCCUCCCCCCAUUGCACGGUGGACACUCAUUUCAAAUAAGACAUUAAAUGUGAUAUCAUUAAUUAUAUUUCAAGAUGGAGGAUUUUUAAUGAUGUGCUUUACAACUUCCACCUGCAGACGAGUUGUUUUGUAGGAGCUGGAGGCUGAGCAUCUCCUCACACCAAGUGAAACUUCAGGCUGGUGUGUGUUUCAUGUGAGUGGGGAGUGGGGGGGGGGGGUCAAUAGGACGGAAUCAAAGGGCUGAGACGUAUUGUUUCAAUGUGAAAAGGAGCUAAUGGUCGACCAUCGCAACUCGGGAUCUGAGCUCCACAGGGUGCCCCCGGGGCCAGGUCGGUACAAUGGCGACCCCCCCCGCACCUCUGCGUCCCUCCCCGCAGAGCGUCUUCCUGCUGCAAUCUGCGGCCAACGACGCUCACUGGGGGUAGCGCAUCUGUGCGUCCAUCAAGGGGAGAAGAAGUUUACCUGGGUGCUCCCUGCUCGAGUGGAGGAACACGCCACGUUGUAACGUGUUUGGGGGGGGGGAGACAUCUCACUUGACGCAAUAACAGCAGAAAGGUGGGGAAAACGGCAGCUUCAAUGUUCUUGGUGUUUACGUCCAAAUGCCUCCGUUUACGUUAGCGCCAAAGCCAUUAAAAGAACCAGGAAGUAACAGCACAAGUCACGUAACCAUCGAAUGAAAGCUAGGAAAAUGAAUACAUGAAGAACAAAAUGACACAAUAAAAAUGAAUACAUCAAUAACAGAAAACCCAAUAUAAGUUGAGGAGAACAUCGGCAGAGAGUAUCUUGAAUGUUUUGUUUUUUUUUUGUUUUUUUUUUUACCUCAAAGCGGCUCCGUUUAUGAUAGCUUAAACGACGCUACUACCCUUUUAAAGUCACGUGACCAAGGCUUAAAAACUAAGAAUAAGUUGUAUGUAAAUACAAUAAUUAACAAAAAUAGACAAAGUAAGUUGGGGAGAAUAGCAGAAAAUAUGAUCUUUAAUGUUAUUUUCUGUUUAUGGUAGAUUAAACCAUUCUAGCCAUUAAAUCCAUGAACCAGGAAGUAGCAUGUCACAUGAACAUACCUCUUGCUGCAAACAAAAUAAGCAAUACAUAAAAAAAAUUAAACAGAUUUCCAAAGUGAUUUACAAGUCCAAAUUAAAGUAAAAAUAAAAGGUGUCAUUUCAGUUCAUGUGUUUACUGGAUUUGCAUUUUGCACGUCAUAUUCACUUGUAGCCGCAAAUGCUCAUUCCCAGGAGGGAUUUUCACAAAAACAACAAAGCAUAAGAAAGGAUAUGUAAACAUACAGAGGUGAAAAGAGUAAAUACUGUGCUCAAGUGAAAGUACUUGCUUUGCUGAAAGUUUACUCAAGUACAAAGUACAAUUUUAAAGUGUACUCUGAGCCUUUUAAGGGGUAAGGGUCUCUUGUGUGAGGCAAACACGAUAAAGUAAGAAAACAUUUAGGACAAGUUGAGAUUCUUAUUUUUUUUUUAAACCUUCAGAAUCGUAAACAUUUUGAGUUUUUCUUGUAAAGAUACAACUUUAUUUUAAUGUUGCAAAUGUGUGUUUUUCUUCUAAACAGAAAAAAUACUUUUUUUUUCCUUUUGGUGUGGCCCUAAUGCGCCUAAUGUGGCCCUAAUGUGCUAUGAUCCUUCAUACUUAAAGCAGCAAAGUACAAUACAAUGCGGGGGGCCACUUUGAUAUUUUUAGAUUUUUUUUAUUUUGUAAAAAGGCUUAAAAACAGAUGCCUGUUUUUUUUUGUCUAAUUUGAUUUAUGCAAUGUGCCAAGGGUCAAUAAAAAAACAUCAGAGGGCCACAAAUGGUCGCGCUUUGGAAAAAGAAAACAUACUCAGUAAAAGUUCAAGUACAGAUAAAGUUGAAAUGCACAAAAAGCAACUCAGAUCCAGUGAUGCCAGUAAAUCCAAUUAGGUACUUUCCUGCCACCUCUGCAGAAAAAACAAGGGAACUUUAAAUAUAAAUGGUAAAAAAAGUCUAUUUGUUUUAUGAAGUGUGACAAAAAGGCCUAAUGACUCGUAUUUGAACAUGAAAGCCGCCUUCUUACAGGUGAAUGAUCUAAACGAGCAUUCGAAUCCAUGUGUGACUUAUACUUGUGGCCUGUUUAGCAUUGUAGAUGUAUCUUCUCCAUGUGGACCCCAGUAAAUGGUGUAUUAAAAAUUGAGAUUUUGCAAGUGAAGCCACACCCACAGGUUAUUUAGGGUGGUGGUUAGGUGAGUGAGGUGGGGAAGGGGAGGGGGCACCAAGGUCAUUCACAAAUUCACCUUCAGCUGUUUCUAAUGGUGUGCAGCAGCAGCCAAUGGGAGAGGAGGAAGAAGAUCAGCCGCAUUAGGAAAAGCUGUGGAGGAGAGGUCGGUGCAGCAAAGACAACAUUUGCAGGCCGCAGCUGGACGCAGAAGAGUCGGCCUUCAUGGACGACUAGGCCGCAGCCUUUGCUGGUGGUUAUGUUGGACCCAUCGAGUGGAAUUUUCCUGGACGUUUGUUUAAUUUGUGCUACUUAAUUAUAAGUGUUUAUUUCCAAGAUGUCCGAUAGAUCUCAGAGUCCAGGCUCUGAGUGUCAAACCCGCCCGUACGACUUCAGCCGGGCCUGCACCCAACUUCUGGGUCCAGACGCUCUGGGCGCGUCGUCCUUCCAGCUCCCCCUGCCAGACGCGGGCCUCCUCUACAGCAAGCCCGCCUACGGUGCGCUCCCGCCGGCGGCCACGCAGAGCUUCUUCCCCUUCCAGUCGGUGAGUGGCGGCGGGGGUGGUGGCGACUACAGGGGCUCCGAGCUCCAAGCGGUGGAGUUCGGCCAACCCAAACACUGGUAUCCGUUCGCUGCGCCCGAAUACACCGGGCAGGUACCCGGUGUAACCGCAGCCACCCAGCCCACCAACCUGAGCCCCCCCAUAGCGGAGACCCGGGAGCAGAUUAAACUCCCCGAAAUCAAGACCGAGAAAGACACCGGGGAUGACUACUCGAGCGAUGUGAAGCUCCAGCAGUACCCGCCGACAUCCGCCGCCAUGCCUCACGGAGUCUUCUACUCGACCCCCUGGAACCCCUCCUUCUGGCCGGGCAUCACCCACCUCACGCCGCCCGGCAGCGGCGGCAGCAGCAGCAGCCACCAGAAUCCCUCAACGUCCUCCGCCUCGUCGCCGUCCAUGUCCCCGUCUCCCCCCAGCAACGGCGUACCGGCGAACGCCUUUUUCGGCGUCAACCCACCCCAAGGGGUCGCCGGGCCUCCGGGCCAGAAUCCGGCCUCGUCUACCCGGAGCAGCGGCUCAUCCAGCGGCGGUUGUAGCGACUCGGAGGAGGAAAACCUUUCCACUGAAGAGCUGGAGCAGUUUGCUAAAGAACUGAAACACAAACGCAUCACUUUGGGUUUCACCCAGGCUGAUGUUGGCCUUGCAUUGGGAAACCUUUAUGGUAAGAUGUUCAGCCAGACCACCAUUUGCCGCUUUGAGGCUCUCCAGUUGAGCUUCAAGAACAUGUGCAAGCUGAAGCCCCUCCUGCAGAGGUGGCUGAACGACGCCGAGACCUUGGAAAAUCCCCAGGACAUGCACAAGAUUGAGCGAGUGUUUGUGGACACCAGGAAGAGGAAGAGGAGGACCAGCUUGGAAGGAGCCGUUCGCUCCGCCUUGGAGUCGUACUUUAUCAAGUGUCCCAAGCCCAACACGCAGGAAAUCACACACAUCUCUGAUGAUUUGGGCCUGGAGAGAGACGUAGUCAGAGUGUGGUUCUGCAACCGGCGACAGAAGGGGAAGCGCCUAGCUCUGCCGCUGGACGAGGAGUGCGACGGCCAGUACUACGAGCAGAGCCCGUCGCCCCUCAACAUGACCGCCUCCCCCGUCCCCAACCAGGGCUACCCGGCUGCUGCUAACUACCACGGAGCCCCGCCCCCGCCGCCACCGACUCUUUACAUGCCCUCGCUGCAUCGGGCUGACGUCCUGAAGCAAGCCCUGCAUCCUGGACUGGUUAGUCACCUGACUGGAUAGACACCUUGCACACGCCCCCACCUCCCUCUGUCCAAAACCGCUAAGGAUUGUUUUGGGACGACGACGAAGACUCAACACGUUUCAAGUUCUUCACCGGGCAGCUUUUAAACAUCGCCAACCCUCGUGCAGAUACAUGUUCACCUGACUGAUGACUUUUAUGAGUUAAGGAAAGCCCAUUCUUAUUUUAUUUUAUAUUUUUUAUACAAUUUUGGAUGUAAAAAGACUCCAGCUGAAGUCAAUCACUCUAGUUUUAAUUCUGUAAAGUGCCUUUUCGAAUUAUUAUUUUUUUUAAUAUUAUGAUAUUUUUUGUGUACCAAAUCCCCUCCAAUGCCGUGUUUGUGACCCGCGUUUUGGUGGGAAUCUAAGUAAAAGUGUAGAUAUGAUUCACAGUGGCAACCUCCGUGAACCAGGAAGUAGCCAGCUAACAAUUCAGCCUUGGCGGAGGCCUGCGCUCGACUAACAUGUGAUUGCUUAUAUGGGGUCGUUAAUGUCACAAAACAGAAACCAUAGGCUUUGGUGAGAGUCUGGGUAAAAGUGUACAGUCACUUCUGCAUCAAAAAGGGCCUUUUUUCAUAUUGUGGAUUUUUUUUUUUUAAAGAAUUUGUAUACCAAAACCUCUCCAGUGCAGUGUUGUGUUUGAGGCCUGAGACUUUUGCACGUUACAUGGCCUACUACGUACAGUCAGAGUGUAGAUGAAUUUAUUCAGCCGCUAUGGCAUCAUUUGAUCCCCCUGGAAUCAUAAUGGCCUUGGUGGAGGUCUGUGCUCAAUGAAGACAUGACACAAGUUUAAAAAAAAAAAAAAAAAAGGCCAAACCAAAAACCAUUGUCUUCGUGACUGACUUUUAUGCAGUUUUGUUUUUUUAAUAUUGUGAUUUGAUUUUAUUUUUUAAAGAAUUGUUUAUUAAAUCAUCCCCAAUGCAAUGUGUUUUUUUUUUGUUUUUUUUAAAUUGAUUUUGAUCACAAAAAGAUCUUUGCUGCUAAUUUUCUCUCCGCUUUUAUUGCACAUUUCAAUGUUUUGACUCUGGUAAAUUGGUCCAAACGAUGAAGAUCAGAAGAAAAUACAAACCAUAUGCUUUGUCACACUAAGCUGAAAUGUAGUCUUUCAAUAUUUUGAUGCAUAUUUGGACCUUUUUUGAUGAAUGGUAAAAUGAAUUCUUUUCUUUUCUUGUGUUGGUGUGAUUAUUUUUUUUGUAAAGAUACAAAUUUAUUUUAACCUUGCAAAUGUGUGUUUUUCUUGUAAAGGUUUCCCUUUCGGUGUGGCCCUAGCAAUGCUCCUUGCUAUCUUUUUAAAGCUGGGGGGGCGAAAGGUUUUCCCAGCGAGGCCCACACAGUGAAAAAUGAGAGGAUGCAACUUUGCCAGUUGGAUAUAAGAUAAAGCAACACAUGUGCAGUGGAUAGAAGUUCAACAUAUUUCAAGACAAAAAAAAUGCAUCUCAGCUUUGUCAUAUAGAUGAAAUAAACUAUUAGU